CUUUUUCUAAAUCUAAAGCUCUUUGGUCUGUCAUAGGCUUAUAUUUACAUUUCAAUACAAUGUUCUACAGUGAAAGUAAUCUGCUGAGAGGGGUAACAAGUACACUGUAAACACCAAUGCAGAAACAGAACAGGGGCAGUCACCAGUGCCAAGCUACGCUUCAUCUCUUCUCCGGGCUGGGUCUGCCACAAUACUUCGUCCACAUCACAAGAUACGUUUUCUCUUGUCAAACAUCGAGGGAAGUAUCUCCUAGCAUGGCGUAUCCAACCUUGGACAGAGGCAACCUCUAUGUCCCCACAUGCGUCCUCCAUUGCCUGGAGAAGUGCCAUGCGGGCAUAGGGUUGGCGAUCAUACACUUUCCAGCGCCAGGCUGAGAAGAAUUUCUCUAUGGGAUUUAGUAAAGAAUGAAGCACUGUGGUACACUUUCGGUGGAGGAACUAAACUGACGAUCACUGGUCCCGCAGUGAAGCCCUCCGUGUCUCUGCUGCCUCCCUCUUCUCUGCAGAUCUCUGGAGACUCAGCCGCACUGCUCUGCCUGCUCAGCUCUUACUCUCCACAGGGGCGAGGUGAGCUGGACGCUGGACGGGUCAGAGGUCACCGAGGGGUUCAGACCAGCGCAGAGAGCGAGCGGACGGACGCUACAGCCGCAGCAGCGCCCUGA